AUGCAUACAUACACACAUGCAUACAUACACACAUGCAUACAUACACACAUGCAUACAUACACACAUGCAUACACGUGUGCACAGAUACAUAUGCAUGCAUGCAUGCACAUACACACACACUUAUACAUACACACGUGCAUAUGUACACACAUGUAUAUAUACACACAUGCAUGCAUACACACGUAUGCAUACACAUACACGCACAGAUACAUAUGCAUGCAUGCAUGUAUACACAUGCAUACAUGCAUG